GGCCCGGGCGCCAUGAGCGGCGGAGCCCCCACGGCCGGAGCAGGCGGGGCCCCCGGGGGCUCGGGCCGGCCCCGCACCAGCUCGUUCGCCGAGCCCGGGCCCGGAGCGGGGGCCAAGGCCACGGCCGGGCCCGGGGCGGCCGCCGCCGCCGGAGGGACCGGAGGGACCGGAGGGACCGGAGGAGGAGCCGCCGGCGGGGGAGGAACCGGGGCCGGCACCAGCUUCCCCCCGCCCGGAGUCAAGCUGGGGCGUGACAGCGGGAAGGUGACCACGGUAGUGGCCACCCCGGGCCAGGGGCCCGAGCGGUCCCAGGAGGUGUCCUACACGGACAUCAAGGUGAUCGGCAACGGCUCCUUCGGGGUGGUCUACCAGGCCCGACUGGCCGAGUCCGGGGAGCUGGUGGCCAUCAAGAAGGUGCUGCAAGACAAGAGGUUCAAGAAUCGGGAGCUGCAGAUCAUGCGCAAGUUGGACCACUGCAACAUCGUGCGGCUGCGCUACUUUUUCUACUCCAGCGGCGAGAAGAAGGACGAGCUCUACUUGAACCUGGUGCUGGACUUCGUGCCGGAGACGGUGUACCGGGUGGCCCGCCACUUCACCAAGGCCAAGCUGACCAUCCCCGCCAUCUACAUCAAGGUCUACAUGUACCAGCUGUUCCGGAGUCUGGCCUACAUCCACUCGCAGGGCGUCUGCCACCGGGACAUCAAGCCCCAGAACCUCCUGGUCGACCCGGACACGGCCGUCCUCAAGCUCUGCGACUUUGGCAGCGCGAAGCAGCUGGUCCGGGGGGAGCCCAACGUCUCGUACAUCUGCUCCCGCUACUACCGCGCCCCGGAGCUCAUCUUUGGCGCCACCGACUACACCUCGUCCAUCGACGUGUGGUCGGCCGGCUGCGUCCUGGCCGAGCUGCUCCUGGGCCAGCCCAUCUUUCCUGGGGACAGCGGCGUCGACCAGCUGGUGGAGAUCAUCAAGGUCCUCGGGACGCCGACCCGGGAGCAGAUCCGGGAGAUGAAUCCCAACUACACCGAGUUCAAGUUUCCCCAGAUCAAGGCCCACCCGUGGGCAAAGGUGUUCAAGGCCCGGACGCCGCCGGAAGCCAUCGCGCUGUGCUCGCGCCUGCUGGAGUACACGCCGGCCACGCGCCUCUCCCCGUUGGAGGCCUGUGCCCACAGCUUCUUUGACGACCUGCGCCGCCCCGGGGCCCAGAUGCCCAACAGCUGCCAGCUCCCGCCCCUCUUCAACUUCAGCCCCGUCGAGCUGUCCAUCCAGCCGUCCCUCAACACCGUCCUCAUCCCCUCUCACCUGCGGUCGCCGGCCGGCUCCGCUCCCUGCACCCCGGCAUCCCACGGGGAGCCCCGGCUCGGAGCGGAGAGGUCGCCCACCGAGGCCUCGCCGUCCCUCAGCAACUCCUCCUGAGGGCCCCGGCCUCCUGCCCCCCUGCCCCGCCCCCCACCCCGGGGAAGAGCCCCCUUAGAAGGAACUGGAGGGUCAGCGAGGGGCGGGCGGCGUCCGGCCCGUUCCUCUCAGGGGGCCCCCCCUACCCCCUACCUUGGCCUGGCCUUGGGGGGGUGGGGGCUGCUGGGGGCGGAGGGGAGAAACGCAGCCUCUCCCCACUUUCCUCUCCCCGUCUGAUUGGGUUUUGUGAGGAAGCGGGCGUUUUAAGACGAUUUUAAAGCCGGGGUGGACGCAAGGGGGGAAGGGGAACGGACUCCCCUAUUCUGGAGGAGGCCCUGCUCCCCGCCGCCCCCCACCCCCACCGGAUUCAGGGUGGAGGGUGAAGUUCACGCUCCCCCCUAACCCCCGAGACCGUCCCUUGUAAAUAGGUGUGGACCCGUCCUCCCCCACCCGUUCCUAGCUUUCCCUGGUGUAAAUAGAUUGUUAAAAUUUUUUUCUUAAAGAAAACGUCACUGAUUCACGCUGCCCUCCCCGUCCCUGUCCGGCUCCUCUCUCCCCGCCCCAGGACCCCGUUCCCGUGAUUCUCCCCUCGCCCUUCCCCGUCCCCUCCGGCCCUCCUCACCCCCACGGCCUGGGCUAAAGCAGAAGGAGCGGAGCAGGCCUGGGCCCCCCCACCCCUUGUGUUCACGCUCCAGUAGGGUUUGCCUGUGUACAGACCGCUCUCCAUUCAAUAAAUUAUUGGCAUGA